AUCUAUGAAUCGACGGUUACACUGACAAAGCGCGACAGGGGAUGGAAGAAGCAAGAAAAGCUUCAGUCAGCAUCUUGACAAUGGCGGCAGACGCUGACCAGCAGCACCCUCGUCGCUUUCAUCGUCCCGAUUCGCCAACUGACUAGCUGAUACGUGCUCCAAUGGUCGUACUUCCCAUGGCAGCCGCGAAAUUUGCAGAAAUAAAAGAUCAAGAAAAUUCGAGGAGAAAAAAAAAGUAUACGAAAGCUACUGGCGAGGUGGCUCCUUUGGCCUCCCUGCACGUCGCAAGCUCCAACUCCCUGUGAUCGUCUCCUGCUUCAGAGGUCAAAUCGAGCUGGCGGCAUUCGACUCCGGCACCAAGCAGGAGAAAUCCCUCCACUGCCUUGCGCUUAUUACGUCAACCUGACUAUUUAGAAAAGAUGCUGGGGUUUUUGAGGCACAGAGCAACCGCUGGGGGCUCGGCUGUUCCGCUUCUACAGGGAGCGUUGCAGAAGGUCCGAACGGCUUCGUUGUCAUUGAAGAGCUACUCCUCUGCAGCUAAGGAUAUGAAUGUGAGAGAGGCCCUGAACGCCGCACUUGAUGAAGAAAUGGCUGCUGAUCCAAGAGUCUUUCUUAUGGGUGAAGAGGUCGGUGAAUAUCAGGGUGCUUACAAGGUAUCUAAAGGUCUGCUACAAAAGUAUGGGCCUGAAAGAGUUGUUGAUACCCCAAUCACAGAGGCUGGUUUUACUGGGAUUGGAAUUGGUGCUGCUUUCUAUGGUCUUAAGCCAGUCGUCGAGUUUAUGACAUUCAACUUUGCAAUGCAGGCAAUGGACCAGCUCAUUAAUUCUGCUGCAAAAACAAAUUACAUGUCUGCUGGUAAUAUACCAGCAUCUAUCGUUUUCAGGGGACCUAAUGGAGCUGCCGCUGGAGUCGGUGCUCAGCACUCUCAGUGUUAUGCUUCAUGGUAUGGCUCCAUCCCCGGCUUGAAAGUUGUGGCUCCAUACUCAUCUGAAGAUGCUCGUGGACUUCUUAAAGCUGCUAUAAGGGAUCCUGCUCCCGUUAUCUUCCUUGAGAAUGAACUAUUAUAUGGAGAAAAUUUUCCGGUUUCAGCUGAAGUCCUUGAUUCCAGUUUUUCUCUUCCCAUAGGAAAAGCCAAGAUUGAGAGGGAAGGAAAGGACGUCACCAUUACAUCUUUCUCCAAAAUGGUUGGAUUUGCUCUCAAGGCAUCUGAGAUACUGGCGAAGGAAGGAAUCAGCGCUGAGGUCAUCAAUCUGCGCUCUAUUAGACCACUAGAUAGACACAAAAUCAAUGAGUCCGUCCAGAAAACCAACAGGCUUGUGACUGUUGAGGAAGGUUUUCCACAGAAUGGUGUUGGCGCAGAGAUCUGCACCUCUGUUGUGGAGGAGAGCUUCGGUUACCUUGACGCUCCAGUUGAAAGGAUUGCCGGGGCCGAUGUUUCCCUGCCUUAUGCUGCCAACUUGGAGAGAAUGGCUCUCCCGCAGGUCGAAGAUAUCGUUCGUGCAGCAAAAAGAGCAUGCUACAGAAGCAUCCCGAUGGCUGCUGCCGCUAAUUGAGACAUAAAUUUUGGCUUAGAAUUUCACUGUUAAAGGUUAGUCGGCUUUAUGCCUUCUGGAUGGUUCUUCUGUUUAUCCCUUACCAAGCAGAGCGGAGUUUCCGAUUCACUGUAAACAUGAAGGGACAUUAUGAGUUGUUUAGUCGUGAAGAAAUAAAGCUAAAAGACUGCUCUUUUGUAGUGAA